CGGUCAUACAAAUUUCGAUUCAUCUUUCAGUUUGUGCGGUGUGUCCUUUCUUGCGGGGAGACUGUUUUGGAGUGAGAGUUUUUUGAGACGUUCAUGCGCAACGUGAUUGAUUGAUUGACUUUCCGCGGUUCGCUUGUUUUUUUAAUAAUAAAUGGCUGUAUCUACGCUCAACAUGUCGCCCUAUUUUGCUGGAUAUCCUUUUCAAGGCCAAGGUAGAGUAAACCAACUAGGCGGCGUUUUCAUCAAUGGCAGGCCUCUGCCCAAUCACAUCCGACUGAAAAUCGUGGAAAUGGCAGCCGCCGGAAUAAGACCCUGUGUGAUAUCCAGGCAGCUCAGAGUGUCUCACGGCUGCGUCUCGAAAAUCCUGAACCGGUAUCAGGAAACCGGAAGCAUCAGGCCCGGUGUGAUUGGAGGCUCUAAGCCUAGAGUUGCUACCCAGGAAGUGGAGAGUCGGAUCGAGAUGUGGAAAAAAGAUCAGCCUGGGAUUUUCUCUUGGGAAAUCAGGGACAAACUCAUCAAGGAUGGAAUUUGCGACAAAAACUCAGCUCCUUCUGUCAGUUCGAUCAGCAGACUGAUCAGAGGUGGCCGAAAAGAUGACCCGGAACGCAAAAAUCACUCUAUAGAUGGAAUUUUGGGCCCCACUUCAUCGGGCGAAGAUAGCGACACAGAAUCCGAACCCGGCAUACCCCUGAAACGCAAGCAACGCCGUUCCAGAACCACCUUCACAGGCGAGCAACUAGAAGCCUUAGAGCGAGCCUUCAGUCGCACCCAGUACCCAGACGUCUACACCAGGGAAGAGCUAGCCCAAAAGACCAAGCUCACCGAAGCCAGAGUGCAAGUCUGGUUCUCCAACCGGCGAGCGCGUCUGCGCAAACAAGUGAACUCUCAGCAACUCAACGCCUUCAAUGCCAUGUCGCUGCAAACGGCCUUCCCCGCAGUGCAGCAGCAUUAUUCGGAUGGAGCCUUCAAUCAAGCCGCUUGGGCACAACAGAGCUAUGCUUCUACUGCAGCUCUAGGGACUGCUAGCUCUGCGUCUCCGAGCACCGUUCCUAGUACCCCUAGUAGUGGCAACACUGCCGCAGCGUACAAUUCGUAUGGUGGGGGUAGCGGUUUGGAGCAAGGGGGGGUGAAUCAUUUCGGUUAUAAUGUGGUGCAGACUUCUCCGGGGCAUCAUAGUCCGACGACGCAGCAGAGUGCUAUUUGGGCAAGGCAUGCGCAGAAUAACAAGAUGGCGGAGAAUUUGACGGUGCCUUGGCAUGAGAACUAUAACAGCCUAUUUGCUCCAGGCUCCCACUAUGGUGCCCAUUCACCGAGUGAGGCUAAAUCAGGCUAUCCGUACUUUGGUGCAAUGGAGAUGUGUUCGAGCAGGGUCCACUGAAAUCUGAAACUGAUUGUUUCGGAAAAAUCGCUUUAAUUUCUGUAAAUAACUGACACACUAAUUAUAGUCUAUUUAUAUCGAGCAAUACUUCGAAAAUUGAUUGUUGAAUUAUGUUGUGUACAUAUACAUUGUAUUUUGCAGUAGAUUGAUGUAAACAGAGAGAGCUUUAUGUGAUUUUUAUUUUGAACUCAGUGUACUAGUAGUGUGUGAUGGGAGAUAUUUAUUAUUUGCUGAUUUUGCUGAAUGAUAAUACAGGGUGGCCCACGGUCGAUGGUACCUUAGACGUAUACGGAAAACGGUACAUUAGAUUAUCCUGAAAAUUUGGUAACUCUAAUGAGCGUUCGUGAUCUAACGAUUCAAAAUAUUUUCAGCGAUGCAGCGUUGCCACUUUUACCAAAAAGUAGCAUCAUCUUUGUUAUUUCAAAUGGAACACCCUGUAUUUCAUUGCGUUUUUAGAUUCUUCUCGAAGAGCCGAUUGUAUCAAUGCAUCACACUUGGGGUCUAGCAGGAAUUAUUACAGAGAUAUAGGGUGUUCAAAAUCGAGAUUUUUCAAUUUCAGGAAUUUUUUGUGUCGAAACUAUUCAUUAUCGAUCAAAACGGCUAACGUGUUCCUAUCUUAACUUCUGAUUCACUAUCUACUGACAAUUAAUUGGAACAGAUACAGGGUGCUCAAAAUUCUGAAUCUUGGACCAUCCUGUAUUUUUUCUAAUUAAAUGUCGGUAGAUAGUUAAUCAAGAGUUAAUAUAGGGACAUGUAAGCCGUUUCGACCAAUGAUGAAUAGUUUUCGACACAAAAAAUCCUAAAGUUGAAAAAUCUCGAUUUUGAACACUCUAUAUCUCUGUAAUAAUUCCUGCUAGACCCCAAGUGUGAUACAUUGAUGGAAUCAGCUCUUCGAGAAGAAUCUAAAAACGCAAUGAAAUACAGGGUGUUCUAUUUGAAAUAACAAAGAUGAUGCUACUUUUUGGUAAAAGUGGCAACGCUGCUUCGCUGAAAAUAUUUUGAAUCGUUAGAUCACAAACGCUUAUUAGAGUAACCAAAUUUUCAGGAUAAUCCAAUGUACCGUUUUCCGUAUACGUCUAAGGUACCAUCGACCGUGGGCCACCUUGUAUACUUCUCUUCCUUCUUCACACUAUUAAUUGAUUCCUCUUGUAUAUGAAUAUGUAAAUAGAACGAAUCGUAUUUAGGAACAAACGGUCACAAAUGGAGUAACCUGAUAGGUAUGAUUGGUCUUUUAACUUAUAUGAAUACAAGUCUACUGUUAAAUAAUGAGUGCAUUAUAAGAUAUAUAGAGGUUAUAUAUGGAAAAAUUUUCCGGGUGUCCCAAUUCCGGCUCAAAUGAGAAAGACUGUUGCACAAAAAUUAUAGUCAUUGAAAUCACACCUCGAUGAAUCACCCCACUGCACAUGCCACCAACUGUUUUUUUUUAAAUUACACCCCCAUGUUGUUAUGGCAUGUUUGAGUAUAUCAUAUUAAGAAUCAUUAUAAAUCUGAAAGACAGAGUCAGACGACUGAUAUAAAAUAAUUGAAACAAUCCGAUAAACCACCCCUUUGCACAAACCUCUCUCUUUUUUUUUUCAAAUCACAUCUUCUUAUUUUUGUGGUAUGUUUGAAUAGCUCGUGAGCGAUAUUGUUAGGCUCUGUACAGGACGGACCAAAUUAGAGACUUUUAAAGGGAAAGUCUUAUUCCCGUUCUAUAGAUAGAACAAAACUGAUGUUGGUGCCUGUUGAUCAAUUCACUUGACAAACUGAAUGGUGAAAACUGCAUAUCGAUAUCUAUCUUCGUUCCAGAGUUACAAGGUG